UUAUUACACUUUCUUUAUCUUCAUUUCUAGCUUUAGAUCUAAACUCCCAACUCAUGUCUUAAUCCUUCUUGUUGACCAGAAAAGGCAACUCUUCAGGGUCUGUUCUCUUCUCUUCUUUUUCCUGUUUUUGUGGGAGCUAUGGGGUUGGUGGGUGUCCAAGGAGAUGGGAAUGGAGAAAUGGCUUUGUCUUUGGGUAGUAAAAACAAGUACAAAAGAAUGGAUUCUGAACUAUCUGAUGAUUUCGAAGAUGAUGCCUCACAUCAUCACCAUCAAUUGGAAAGGAAGAAAAGUACCAGGAAAUAUGUUCUUGCUUGUGCCAUCUUUGCAUCUCUCAACAAUGUGCUUCUUGGCUAUGAUGUAGGUGUUAUGAGUGGAGCAAUUAUAUUUAUACAGGAAGACCUGAAGAUAACUGAGGUGCAAGAAGAAGUUCUUGUUGGGAUUUUGAGCAUCAUUUCACUGUUAGGUAGCUUAGCUGGUGGAAGGACAUCAGAUGUUAUAGGUAGAAAGUGGACAAUGGCCUUUGCUGCUAUUGUAUUUCAAAUUGGUGCAGCUAUAAUGACACUUGCAUCGUCAUUCGAAGUACUAAUGAUCGGACGAGUUUUGGCUGGGGUCGGUAUAGGGUUUGGGGUCAUGAUUGCUCCAGUCUAUAUUGCUGAGAUAUCACCAACUGUUGAUAGAGGCUCUCUUACAUCCUUCCCUGAGAUUUUCAUAAAUCUAGGAAUUUUGCUUGGUUAUGUUUCAAAUUAUGCAUUUUCUGGUCUUUCAGUACAUAUAAACUGGAGGGUAAUGCUAGCUGUUGGAAUUUUGCCUUCAGUCUUCAUAGGAUUCGCACUUUUCAUCAUCCCUGAAUCACCAAGGUGGUUGGUCAUGCAGAACCGAGUCGAAGAAGCAAGAUCAGUGCUGUUAAAAACAAAUGAAAAUGACAAAGAGGUAGAAGAGAGGCUGUCUGAAAUAGUAGCUGCAGCUGGAAUUUCUAAUGGAGAGAAGAAUGAAGAGAAAGCUGUAUGGCGUGAACUAUUAAGCCCUUCGCCUUCACUUCGUCGAAUGCUGAUCACCGGCUUCGGAAUCCAGUGUUUCCAACAAAUCACUGGAAUAGAUGCAACUGUGUAUUACAGCCCUGAAAUCUUCCAUGAUGCUGGAAUUGUGAACAAGUCUAAGCUGCUUGCUGCCACAGUUGCCGUGGGUGUCACGAAAACUGCAUUUAUAUUGAUAGCUACAUUCCUUGUUGAUAGAGUUGGGAGGAAGCCCUUGCUCUAUGUGAGCACAAUUGGAAUGACGGUCUGUUUGUUUACCUUAAGCAUUAGCCUCGCCGUAUUGGGGAAGGGGCAGCUUGGGAUAGCAAUGGCACUAUUGUGUGUUUGUGGGAAUGUAGCAUUUUUUUCAGUGGGAAUGGGUCCGGUUUGCUGGAUACUGACAUCUGAAAUCUUCCCUCUGAGGUUGCGAGCUCAAGCGUCUGCACUUGGGGCUGUAGGUAACAGGGUAUGCAGUGGCUUCGUUGCCAUGUCAUUCCUGUCUCUCGCUCGUACAAUAACGGUGGGAGGAACCUUUUUCCUGUUUUCACUGUUUUCAGCUCUUUCGGUUGCCUUUGUUUACAAACUUGUUCCAGAGACGAAGGGAAAAUCAUUGGAACAGAUUGAGUUGCUUUUUCAAAAUCACAAUGAAUGGGAUGGAAGUGAAAUGGAGCUAGGAGAUGCUCAGCAUCUAGUACACAAAGCUUGAGUAAUUAGGGAUUCUUUAGUGUAUUUCUCAAGGUGGAAUCUUAAGAAUUCUUUUUUAUGGUUCAA